AUGGAAUCCUCACUGCCCACCAUUGCAACGGGUGCCGCCAUCCUCGGUGUCCUUAGCCACCAGCGCUACUUCAUCCAUGGCGAAUGGGACCGACAUGCGCUAACCCUUCUGUAUCUUUUCAUUGCCUGCCCGCUAGCUCUAACCGUAUUCCUUACUGUGUCAGUUGAUUCAGCUCCUGUACGGCGUCUAUGGCUGGUUCUUUGGGCAUCAUAUACCGGGGGGCUACUACUCUCCAUUGCUGUCUACCGGACCGUGCUUCAUCGGUUGUGCCAAUUCCCUGGGCCAGUUGCCGCAAGAGUGACUGCAUUUUGGUCAUUCAAAUGUUCUGCCGUGGAGCUACAAUGGCACACACGAGUACAAAGCCUCCACGAGACAUAUGGCGAUUUCGUCCGCAUCAAACCACGCGAGAUCUCCAUCAAUGACCCUUCUGCCAUCAAAGACAUUCAUUCGGCCUCGACUCAAUGCAGCAAAGGCCCGUUUUACGACCUCAACUACCCCCAUCGGUCUCUGCAGAUGGCCCGGGACAAGCGCUUUCACUCGAACCGGCGGCGAUUAUGGGAUCGAGGACUCGGAACCAAAGCACAGGUCGAAUACGAACCUUUUAUCCAAGAGCACUGUGAGGAACUCGCCCGGCAACUUGGUAUCCGCCAUUCAGAGCCAGUUGAGGUUACGACCUGGAUCAACUGGUUCGCGUUCGACACGAUGGGGCGGCUGGUCUUUGGCAAGUCCUUCGACAUGCUCAAGGCCAGUGCCUAUCACCCGAGGAUGGAACAGCUGGAAAAGGUGAAAAAGCUCGGUGGUCUGCUACAUUGUGCACCAUGGACCUUGAUAAUGCUCCGUAAAUUGCCCCUCAUUCGUCAUAAGGCCCGAGAAUGGAUCGACUGGUGCGGGGAGCAGGUGGAAGAGCGCAGACAGAGGGGACUGGCCAACAUGGACCUGUUCCAUUUUCUCAUACAGCAGUCCGUAGGACCUACCGACCAAGACCUAAUAUACGACUCUGAAUUGGCCAUCGUGGCCGGAAGCGACACCACGGCAGCAACAACCAGCGCAAUUCUGUUCCUGCUAGCCCAGAAUCGGGAAUGUCUGACGCGAUUGCGAGAGGAGAUUGUUGCUCUUCGAUCGACUGUCCCAACACCCGCGAGCCACAGCUCCCUGGCUGCCCUCCCGUACCUGAACGGGUGCAUCAAUGAGGGACUGCGUCUCUACCCCGCCGUUAUGAGCGGCACCCAGCGACAGACAGGGCCUAACGGCACGGUGAUUGCAGGGCGAUCCAUCCCACCCGACACGCUGGUAUCGACACCAACUUACACGCUACAUCGGGAUCCUCGCAACUUCACACUCCCAGAUAAUUUCAUCCCCGAGAGGUGGUCCACUCGGCCGGAACUGGUCUUGCGUCGCGAAGCAUUCAACCCUUUCUCGACGGGACCGUAUGCCUGUGCUGGCAAGUCCAUCGCUCUAAUGGAGAUGCGCAUGCUACUUGCCACCCUCGUUGGUCGGUUCGACUUUACAUUUGCUCCCGGAUACGACACGAAAACCCUGUCCCUCGCGUCAUUGGGCGGACAUGGCGUGCAGGAUUGCUUCACGACGCAUGUUCCUCCGUACGAGAUGGUUUUCACGAAAGUGACGGCAGGACUGGAUAUGGUUGCUAGGGCAGCGAAUCGCAUGGAAUCCUAG